UGGGGAGCGUCCCAGCAUGCACUGGGGCAACAGCUAGUGUGUGACCCUGUUUGUUACUGCAGUUACUUGUUCCACACACUUCGAUCAGUCUGAAGCAUCAGAUAUCAGCAGCGACAUUUGGAUCCUUUUUAGUGUAAAAAACUUUGAUGUCUUGUGCUUCCACAAGGCUUCCGCCUGAAGCCUCUUGAUCCUAAUCCAAGUGACUGUCAAUAAACUGGAUGUCAUGUGACCGGCCGCUGUCAUAUGAUCGAGGUGAUUCUUUAUUGUCGGCAGCUGGCUGCAGUCACAACUUUACCUGCUGUGAGAGAAACCAAGUGAAGCUAGAUGCAGACGGCGGUAAAGAUGCAGGGGGUGCUGGUGAUGUGUUACUUCCUGUCCUCUCUACUGGGGGGUGAUGCGGCUCCGGCUGCAGAUGAGGUGACUUACCUGCCCGGUCUGCAGAAACAGCCGAGCUUCAGACAUUACUCUGGAUACCUGAGUGUGGCCGAUGGAAAACACCUGCACUACUGGUUCCUGGAGUCCCAGAACAACCCUUCCUCUGACCCGGUGGUGUUGUGGUUGAAUGGCGGCCCCGGCUGCAGCUCUCUGGACGGACUGCUGACUGAACAUGGACCCUUUCUGAUCCAGGAUGACGGAGUGACACUCCAGUACAAUCCGUACUCCUGGAACAAGAUUGCCAAUAUGUUGUACCUGGAGUCUCCAGCAGGAGUCGGCUUCUCUUACUCUGACGAUAAGAAAUACGUCACCAAUGACACAGAGGUGUCAAUGAACAACUACCUGGCUCUGAAGGAGUUCUUCAAUCUGUUUCCAGAGUUCAGCAAGAACAAACUUUUCCUAACCGGAGAGAGUUAUGGAGGAAUCUACAUUCCGACGCUGGCCGAGAGAGUGAUGGAGGAUGCCAGCCUGAACCUGCAGGGCAUUGCCGUGGGAAAUGGGAUGUCGAGCUACAAGAUGAAUGAUAACUCUUUGGUGUACUUCGCCUACUACCACGGCCUGCUGGGAAGUCAACUGUGGACCAAUCUGCAGACGUUCUGCUGCAGCAACGGGACAUGCAACUUCUACGACAACCAAGAACCGACCUGCAGUGACAGCUUGUCGGAAGUUCAGGACAUCGUCUACAGUUCGGGACUGAACAUAUACAACCUGUACGCUUCUUGUCCAGGUGGAGUUCGCCAGAGACUUAGUGUUGAACGAGGUGAGCUGGUGAUCAGAGAUCUAGGGAACUCGUUCAUGAGUCAUCGGUGGAGUCAGCUUUGGAAUCAGAAGUUACGAAGUCUGGCGUCUGUCCACCUGUCUGUCCGUCUGGAUCCCCCCUGCACCAACUCCACCCCCUCGUUCCUCUACCUGAACAACCCGUAUGUCAGAGUCGCCCUGCACAUCAGCCCCAAGGCCCUGGAUUGGGUCAUCUGCAGCGCUGAGGUGAAUUUGAAAUAUGGUCGUGUCUACAUGGACGUCAGAAAACAGUACCUGAAACUGCUCUCUGCUCUGAAGUACCGGGUCCUGGUGUAUAACGGAGACGUGGACAUGGCCUGUAACUUCAUGGGAGAUGAGUGGUUCGUCGAGUCUCUGCACCAGGAGGUGGCGGUUCAGAGGCGUCCAUGGCACUACAACAAUGAAGACGGUCUGCAGGUUGGAGGCUUCGUUAAAGAGUUUGACAACAUUGCUUUCCUCACCGUCAAGGGUUCUGGUCACAUGGUUCCAUCAGAUAAACCAAGUGCUGCCUUCACCAUGUUCACCAGAUUCAUUGAGAGACAACCCUACUGACCCCUGACCUCUGCAGAUCAACUUUCCCUCCUGCUGUUUGUUAGGACUCCUCAGGCUGCCAUACUUUUUAUGAUUGAUUUUGUUUUUGUUUUUAUUUUUUUCCCUCACUGCCAACCAAUCAGCAUAGCUCGCUUCUGUGUUGCCUGGCAACCAGAUUAUUGUUGCAGGAAAAGAAACGUCUCAACCUCAGUCAGUCACCUGGCAGCCUUAUGUGGUUGUCCAUGGAAACAAGAACUGCCGUCAGUCUGUCCGUUGAUUUAAUGUGAAACAUCUUCUGGUGUUCUGUUUUGAUUUUUAAAGGGAAAAAACAGAAAAUAAAGUUGGAUUCUUAACGUGGA